UUGACUGAUAAAAAAAAAUUAGGCAAAUGGCUGCCAAGAAAUCGACACGACGUUUUUUAACUCAAUAAAAUAAUCCGCCGUAAUUGCAUGAAUAAAGCGCUCUUUAUGAUCAUGAUUAGAAAAAUAGGCUUACACUAAAUACAGAGAACCAACAAUUUACUAUAUUGAUGGGCUAUAAGCCAUGAAAACCUUAUAAAAGACUUCUAACUUAGCGAACUAAAUUCCAUUGGAUUACAAUAUUUGCAAAAAACUGUAAUUGUGCUUGCGAUGGACCUACGCCCGUUUAUAACUUGUUGAUGUGAUGUAAGUGAGCAGCAGCAGCGCCGGCGCGAUGGAGCGGAGCUACGAGAAGCGCCACGGCAAGCAUCACAAGGAGAAGCACAAGAAGCGUCUGCACAAGAAGCACCGCAGCUCCAGCGGUACUCACGACCAAUCCUAUGCUACUGCCAAUUCCCACAAGCCUCUAGUCGAGUACUCGGAUGUCUCCUCCGAGGAUCUAUCCGCCCCGGAGGCGGGCGAGAUCGAGAGCGAGGCCAGCAGCAUCAGCCGCCACAUUGCCGACGACCUCGACCGCACGAGGAAGUCCCACCCUAUCCGCACCUUCGUCGACGACAAGACGAUAUCAGUCACGACGAAAAGCCGUCGCGCUGCCGACGAGUAUGCUCUCACACGUGAUUCUUGUUCAGCAGCGGCGCGGCGCUCGCGCGGGCUAGAGUACGCGGAGCCCGAGCCCGACUUCGACGAGCGCUCGAGACACAAGAAAAAGAAGGAUAAGAGGAAGAAGGAUAAAAAAAAGAAGAGGAAAAAGUCCUCCAAGUCUCACCGCUCGAGGUCGGCCAGCUUGGAGAGCCUGUCUCCGGAUGACAACCUGCCCGUGGGCAGUCCUGUGGCUGCUGUGCCACAGAAGUAUGAUCAAGUGCCUGUGAGUGAAUGGGAGAAGCCGUCAUCUCCUCUGCGCAAUGGAUCAUGCUCGCCGGUGUCCCCAUCCACGCCGCCGCUGCAGCGGGAGCGCCCGGCCUCGCCGCGACACCGGACCAUCUCCCUUCACCGGGAGCCGGUCCAUGUUCCGUAUUCCCCUCCACACAGGGAGCGAUCCCCCGGACUAAGAAGAAGGAAGUCGACGACGCCGCACACGCCGUCAGCGCCGCCCGUGGUGUACCACGAGACCGUGACCAUAGACUCCGACAAUGAGUACGAGAGAGACAGGCACAGGGACUACUGGCCGGACCACAGGGUCGCCUCGCCUAUUAUGGUCAUUUCUGAUUCCCCAGUGGAUGGUCGCGAGCGCGACUGGUCGCCUCGCCGCGCGCGCCGCCGCGCCAGCCCGCGCCGCCGCCACCGCAGCCGCGACCGACACCGGGAGGUCAAGCAUGAGCAUCGGUCACACAGUCGCAACUCGCUCAAGCGACGUCGCUCGUCGUCGCGCGGGCGGCGGCGCGGGUCGUCGCCGUCGCCGCCGCGCCACCGCGCCAGACAUCGGGACGAGACUAGGUACAGUAGAACAAAGCACGAGUCGCCGAGCCCGCCGUCUACGUCGGCGCUGCAGCGCAAGAUCGACUUCAAGGAGAAGAUCAGCGACACCAGCCUGUUCGCCGAGCUCGUCAAGGACAAGCAUAAGAGGGCUAAGAAACUGCAAGAGAUCCUGAACCAGAAGGAGGAGGAGUCUCAGGGCGCGCUGUCGUCCACCACGUCCGUCAACAACCCCGACGUGCUCACCAUCGACGAGCUGUCCAACGCCACCGCCGACAGCUCUACGCAGUCGAAAGAGAACGGGUCUAAGGAGACGAUAGCGGAGAUGUCUGAUAUCCCGAUGCCGAGCGCGGAGAGCGAGCAGUCCGAGCCGCCGCCCGUCAACAACCACGCCGCCAAUGAGGCUCAACCUGCCCGCUCGCCGUCGCCCCCUAGCGCGCCGCCGCUGCCGUCGCCGCCGCCGCCGCCCGCCUCCGUGGUGGAGGGCGUGUACCUGCAGAACCAGCAGCCGCCGCCGCCCAAGCCGCGCAGCCUCACCAAGCUGCCGAUGCCGCCUAAUACUCAGGUGGAAGAUCUGAAGUCAUUAGCCAAUGACACGAGUCCGCUCAGUACCCCCUCACCUAGUCCUGUAAAGAAGCCCAAGAGAACUGGAAUUAUGAACCUACCUAUGCCCCCUGUGAUCCCCGGCUCGGAGGAGCUGAGCGGCGACGAGCUGGACGGCUCCACGCCGCCGCCCGCGUCCCGCCGCGACCAGUACUCGCACGUGUUCAGCUCGCGCCAGGGCGCCCGCGGCGACCCCAAUGCCGCCGGCUCCAAGCUGAAGAGGCCGCGCAUCCUAAAGCGGCGCGGCUCGAAGGUGGUGCCGGUGGCCACGCCCACGCACCACGCCAAGGACUGGGGCGAGAAGUGCGUCGACGGCUUCCAGGUUAUAACCCAAAUCGGCGAGGGCACGUACGGGCAGGUUUACAAAGCCAGAGACAAGAACACCAACCAGCUGGUGGCGCUCAAGAAGGUCCGUCUCGAGAACGAGAAGGAGGGCUUCCCCAUCACCGCCGUGCGCGAGAUCAAGAUCCUCAGGCAGCUGAAUCAUAAGAAUAUAGUGAAUUUGAGGGAGAUUGUCACGGAUAAGCAGGACGCGCUUGACUUUAGGAAGGACAAAGGCUCGUUCUACCUCGUGUUCGAGUACAUGGACCACGACCUGAUGGGCCUGCUGGAGUCCAAGAUGGUGGACUUCACGGAGAGCCACAACGCGUCCAUCAUGCGCCAGCUGCUGGACGGGCUCGCCUACUGCCACCGGAAGAACUUCCUGCAUCGGGACAUCAAGUGCAGCAAUAUAUUGAUGAAUAAUAAAGGAGAAGUGAAGCUCGGCGACUUCGGUCUAGCCCGACUCUGGUCAGCAGAAGACCGGGCGCGGCCGUACACCAACAAGGUGAUCACGCUGUGGUACCGGCCGCCGGAGCUGCUGCUGGGCGAGGAGCGGUACGGGCCGGCUGUGGACGUGUGGUCCAUGGGAUGUAUACUGGGAGAGCUGUUCUUGAAGCAUCCCGUGUUCCAGGCCAACGUAGAAAUGAUGCAACUGGAGAUGAUAUCGCGCGUGUGCGGCACCCCGGUCCCGGGCGUGUGGCCCAACGUGGUGAACCUGCCUCUGUGGCACACCUUACGGCCUAAACGCUUCCACAAGCGCUGCGUCCGAGAACACUUCGCAUUCAUGCCCGCCCCCGCACUGAAUCUACUGGACAGGAUGCUAGAACUAGACCCCGAUAAGAGGAUAACGGCGGAAGAGGCGCUCAAGAGCCCCUGGCUGAAGAAUGUCGUGCCCGAUCAUAUGACGGCUCCGGAGCUGCCGACGUGGCAGGACUGCCACGAGCUGUGGUCGAAGCAGCGGCGCCGCCAGCAGCGCGAGGCGGAGCAGCAGCCCAAGGCCAAGAACGCAAACUACUCCUUCGGCGGCGCGCCCUACGACCAGGACAAAAUGGACGCCAAGAGCGACUCCAACUCACAGGACGCCCCCUACAAGACAGAAACAGCCUUCAAACAGGACACCCAGGAGGCCGUCCAACAAGUGAAAUAACACAGGGACAACUACUAUGACUAUUACUGUUACAAUUACGAGGAUUAGCAGUGAACUCGGUGCUAAGUGUGUGUGUGCGACCAAAUUUUUAUCAAUUACCAAAGCAAUUGACGCGCUAGUUACCUAUUUGGUGUCACGGAUUGAUGUAUAAAUGUUGAUAGGGUACAUGAACUCUUGUGCAAGUUUGUAUAUAUUUGUUAGCUGUUAGCGCUGCACAUUUCUGAUUGGCUUGUGUAAGUUAUGUUAAGUUAGCCGUAAGAUAUUGCAGCGAACUUAUGUAUUUGUGAAGAGCUGGAGGUAUUGACUAAUUUUAACCGACACGGCUAAGCCGCGGAGGUUUCUUAUUGUGCGUGUAUGUUUUAUAUUCAUGGCACUUUCACUUAAAAUGAAGUCCUAAACAAAAUUAUCUUCCAACAUUAUCAAUUUUUCGAAAUUCUAUCACUGUAAAAGCUAAGCCCAAACCUGUGAUUAUAAAAAAAGCUAUUCGAAUAUUGGGAUUGAUUUUAAGUUCUAGUUUACAUCGACAUAGAUAAAUAUUAUACAUGUAUACUUGUGGUAUGUAGAGGCAUAAUAAAGUUUAAUGUUGACCGUAAAUGCAGUAUUACUUUUGAGAAUAUCUAUAUUUAUGUAUGAACUGAACAUUUUAUUUAUUUUUACCGCUAAAACCCCUUUCCAUGUCACAAAAUAUGAAUAUGUCCUCGUACCAUAAGUAUACAUUCCACUGAAUAGACUGGUGGCAUUUAAAUAAUAUUGGAUUUAUCCAAUAUUUUGUAGUUUGGUGUUUAUUUUCGAUUAAAUGAACUUGCGGCCAAACCAGAGGAAUAUAUUUAUAUGUGGUGCCUUAUAAGAGGAAGAUAGUAUAUUUUCCUUGGUUACCCAGUCAAUAUUUUUAUAUUUAUCUAAUUAGAUUUCAAAAUCAGAACAAUUAACUUUUAAUCAAUUCAUCCUCUGGUUAGAUAGUGUGGGUAAAUAAAAUAUAAAGAGACAUGUAUUUAUGUUUUUCAGUAUAAAUGGUUUCUUUUAGUUUUAAAAUAUUUAAAAAACAAAUCUUCCAAUGAAAUGCAGAAUAUAGAAUGUAUCAAUAUAAGGAGCGUACUACUAAGAAGUGCAUUUUUGAGGCCAGAAGUGGUCUUCGACCAUCACAAAUGCCUUAAGGCUUAAAAGACUAUGUAUUAUAUAGCCCUAAGUUUAAUAUAUGGUUUAAUUAUGUUAAUAAUACGGAGUUAUGGGGGUAUGCAAUGUAGUAACUAUUUUUGAGGUUAGGCGCUGCUUCUGAAAUCUAUAAAUCAUCUACAAAUCACAGAAUGUGUGUGACGAAGCCAGCAACGUAAUGUUAAUUCACUUAUUAUGUUAUUUUAGAAGACUGAGAAAUGAAUGCCGCCGUAACUCCGUAUUGUUAUAAUUAUCAAAAUGAACAUGUAAAAAUGUAACAUUUUAUAAAUACAGACUAUGGUGAAUUAUUA